AUGGAGAAACCCACAAUCAGACAAGCUAAAGCAAAAGACGCUCCACUACUCCCAGCAGUAGAGCGCUCAGCAGCUCAAGCCUUCCUACAGUUCACUGAUCUCGCAUGGCUCGCCACCGGCGACGUACAAUCUGUAAAGCAGCAUCUGGAAUUCAUCAGGCGUGGUCUUGAAAGGGUCGCUGUUGAUGCUGAGGAAUCGCAUUUCUCAAUGGAACCUUCGAGAGCGAAAACUUUCACAUACAUGAAGUCUCCGUUGGAUCAACUUAUCAGGGAAGAGGAAUUGGACGCAGCUUAG